GCUUCACACACAUCAGUUUGUAUGCAACGACUUCACUUGAUUCACUUCUCUAGUGUUUUGUGGUGUAGGUCAGGUUCCCUAGGAUUACAUUUUAAAAAAAUAUGCAAAUAUUCAACUGAGAGGGAAUUAUGGAUUUAGUAACAGGCAUAAUAGACAUUUUUGACUCUUUAGAAAACGGCCGAGCCUGUCGCCUGUGCAUGAAACAAUGUGAAAACCCCGUUCGAAUUAAAACGUGUGGCCACUAUUUUUGCACGAAUUGCUUGGAAUCCUCGAAAAAAGACCACAAUUGCCCGGACUGUAAUGAGUUUUACGAAGUCCAGCAUCUGGACUACGAUAAUAUAAUGCUUCUUUGUAACGAGAAAUUACUAGAACUGUGUGAAUUGCUUGAAGAGGCUAGCAAUGUUAUCCCUAAAGAUACAAAUAAAAAGGAUUCCAAUACGAUAACUAUUCCGAAAUCUUGUCAGGUACUACAUACCCUAUUAUAUCAUGGAAAUACUUAUCAUAUCAACUUUAUCGAGAAACCAGCAAAGAGAAAUGCCAAAGGUGAGACCCUACUACAUUUGGCAUGUAAAAAACAAAAGUUUAAUCAAGUGAGGGACUUGGUUGAGUCCAAAGUGGAUAUUAAUGCUAAGGACUAUGCUGGGUGGGCUCCAUUACAUGAAGCAAUCCAAACUGGGAACCUCGAGAUCGUAGAAUAUCUCUUGAAAAAGAAGUGCCUGAUAAACAUUCCAGGACCAGAGUACACGACUCCUUUGCACCAAGCUGCUUCUGCUAAUAAUGUAGAAAUGGUACAAUUGCUAUUAAAAUAUGGGGCAGAUAAAAAUAUGGUGGAUUACACAGGCCUUAAACCAGAAGAUUGCACCAAAUUUCAACCUUUGUUGGAUAUAUUGAAAGGUGAAUGUUUAACUAUUAAUGGCAAAACUUUUGAGGUGUUUUUGCCUCAACAAGUUUGUCUUUAUUGUCAUACAGUAGAUGAUGAUGUUAAAGUAAAAUUACAGUGUUGCAAGCAGUUAGAAGUUGCAAAUAAAAUGGAUGUAAAAAGAAACCUCACACAUUUUAUGAUUAAAACGACCCAUAUAAUGUCUUUCAAAAUUCUUCAAGCUAUGCUAGAAGGGUUGCAGUUCGUAACGCAAGACAUGGCAGAUAAUCUCAUAAAAGGUGACUGUUUCAUAAAUAUUACUGAGCACACUUUUCUAUCAACUGAUCCAACAUUAAAUAAAGGAAUACAAAAAGCUACAAUGAGUUCUAUUCUAAAACUGCCAAAGCUUUUUGAUGGCAUCAAUUUUUAUAUCGAAGACCAUGUAAAACCUGUGGAAAUAUACCAUUUAAAAGUGGAGAAGGAGUAUUUGGUUAAACUGAUAAAGGCUGGUGGUGGAAAGGUGUUACACAGACCUCCAGCCACCCGAACUUGUGAAAGUGAAUACACACACCCCUUUUUUGCGCCUAUGGGGGCAAACACAUACAGCUGUUGCAAUUUUAUUUUGUACGCUCACAAUAAUCCCCCCGAUUUAAUUUACAACAUGAAGGAGUUGCAGCAUAAAACUUCUAAGUGGUUCAUUGAUUGUAUUGUGAAAUAUGAGAUCAGUGAUUGAUUGCCGCAGUGAAUGUCUGUAUAGUUUUGUAAGCAAAUUUUAACUUAAAUGCUGUUCCACAAAUGAAACACGAAAUAUUUUUUUGUAGCAAUUAGAAAGGAAUGUGAGAAGAGACCGUUUCGUGUUUCAUUUCUCGAAAAAAAUGGACUCACAUUUAUAUACCAUUCAACGUUGUAAAACCUUAUGGAAUUUUAAAGAUUUCAUGUUGUUUUUUGAUAGGUCAGUUGUAUUUUUUAAAAUACAAAAUAAAAACAAAUAAAUAAAAAAAA